AUGACGUUCCCACGACCACAAGUGCUUGUGACGCUCCCAAAAUCACAAAGGUUCGAGGCCUCAAACCGUCGCCUGCUGCUCUCUGCGAGGAAUCAGGUUUUGUUACGACAUUACCGCGCUGGGCCAUCAAGAAGUCGAUUAUCGGCGGUCUGGCUUCCUACUGGGGGUAUUACGGCCGGGCGAAACGAGGAUGCUCACGACAAGCUCAUUCGAGCGGGUUUCCUCAGACAGUCUCACUCGGGGAUUUUCCACCUUCUUCCACUUGGCAAACGCGUUCAAGAUAAACUAGAAGGCCUGAUCGAUCAUUACAUGCAAGACUUAGGAGCCUCAAGAGUUGCAUUAUCAACCAUAACCUCCCAGGAGUUAUGGCGGAAAAGUGGUCGUUUCAGUCAGCUGGGAUCAGAGCUUUUUGGAUUUGAAGAUCGUAAGGGAGCUCAGUACAUGUUAUCACCCACGCACGAAGAAGAAAUUACUUCCUUGGUGGCAAAGACUGUUAAGUCGUACAAAGAGCUACCACUUCGUCUUUACCAAAUUACCCGCAAAUUUCGCGACGAGCUACGCCCUCGACAUGGCCUUCUAAGAUCCCGCGAGUUUACUAUGAAGGACUUGUACACUUUCGAUAUCUCCCAACAAGCAGCAUUGGAGACGUACAAUAAGGUCCAGGCAGCCUAUGCGGGCAUAUUUGGCGCCUUGAAGCUACCGGUGAUGGUUGCCAAAGCUAGCUCUGGCGACAUGGGAGGUGACCUCAGCCACGAAUACCAUCUUCCUACUCCUAUUGGAGAGGACACCGUCAUCAACUGCAGUAUUUGUGAUUAUACAGCCAAUACCGAAGUUGCAGAAACCCAACCAAACACGACAGAACCAGAGAAUGCGGACAUGGCAGCACAAACAGGAAUCUCCUCUGUCAAGGUAUGGCGAGGGAUCAGCAAAGACCGUUAUACCCUAGUGAAUGUUUGGUACCCAGGACAGAUUCCAGGCAGGAGGCAGAUGGUUGAUAUGCUAGACACUGAUAUCAGCAUUCCCGCUGUCAAGUCCGUCGUCCCCGAUUUAGACGCUAGCAUCGAGAAUGCUCUUUCUCUAUGGAGAGAUGCUAUUGCAACCGCAUUUACUGAAGAUCAGACUGCAGCAAACCGACCGAAGCUUGUAAAUGUGGUAGAUUUCAGACUGGUAAAGUGGGUUGACGAACUUUUGCGGCAGGAGACGAAGAUGUGGCCUUUCGCACAAUCAAGAUCCAAACUGGAGUCUGUUACAGUGACAGAAGGUGGAAAUGGACAAGGACUGAACGUACUUAUCCCACACGCAGGUGACAAAUGCCCUAAUUGCGACAGUGGCACCCUGCAAGUACAAAAGGCUCUUGAAGUGGGACAUACCUUCCACCUGGGAACACGGUACUCGGAGCCUCUCGGAGCAAUGGUCUCGACACCGGGGUUUGCCACCAGCGACGGUGUCACAAGUCAGUCUCUGAUGACGGAGAAGUUACAGCCAAUGCAGAUGGGAUGUCACGGAAUUGGAAUAUCGCGACUUAUCGGUGCUGUUGUUGAGCAUUUGGCGGAUCAAAAAGGACUGCAAUGGCCUCGAGCUAUAGCCCCAUACGAGGCGGUCGUGAUAUAUGCGACUGAGUAUACAGAAGAGGCUGUGGGUGUUUAUGACCAGCUUGCGAGGCCAAUGUCUGAACUAGCUGCGGUGGAUGUGGUGCUAGACGACCGCAAAGUGUCAUUUGGUUGGAAGCUCAAGGAUGCGGAGCUGGUUGGAUACCCAGUAGUAGUGCUUCUUGGCAAGGUCUGGGGGCAAAGUGGCAGCUGCGAAUUGCACUGCAGAAGGCUUGGUAUCAGUGAGAAAGUGUCGCUUUCGGAUAUUCGCAGACGCGUAUCAGAGUCGUUGGAGAAAUUGUGA